AAUUUUAAUUUUUAUAGAAAGAACUUUUUAGAGUCAAUUUUGAUUGCUCUCUUCUAUGUUGUUGGCUUUCUUUCCUGAUACGGGACUCGUGAUUUCAAUUCCCUUUUUUCUGUUGAAGCAUGAAGGGGAAGGUUGAGUGAGUGAGGAUACUGACUUUGGUAUUAGAGAAGAAGAUUACAUUUCCCCAUCAUGACUUUGAUGAUGAAGAGUGAUCACUCUGUUUGACCAGAAACAAAGAAAGAGAUUGAUAAAGCAAAUAAUGGAGAAAAAUUGUCCCCUUUGAUACUGAAAGAAAGAUAGAUAGUGAAAGAAAGAAGAAGUGCUCUAUUUCCUUCUCUUAUUACUAUCUCUUUCAUUCUCCUUCUCUCUCCCGCACGCUUCUUCUUGUCCUCGUGUUUGUGAUGUGUCUCUGAGAUUUGAGUGGUCUUUGUGAGCCAGUUCUCUCGUUUGCGUGUGGGUAUUCCAAAAUGCCGAUGUACCAGCCAGAUCUCGAUGUGGGUGGUGGUGCGCAGGUGCUAGAUCUGGAAACUGCGGUGAAGGAUGGCAUUUUGGGCGGCGGCGGUGGCGCAAUAUGUGGUGGGAGUGUUCAGAAACUGGAUCUGAAGAAGAUGAUAGAAGAGCUUGAACCGAUUGAUGUGCCUUCCUUGUUUAUUUGCCCAAUCUCAUUGGAGCCAAUGCUGGACCCAGUGACCCUUUGUACUGGCCAGACAUAUGAGAGAUCCAACAUUCUCAAAUGGUUUUCUCUAGCUCACUGUACUUGCCCUACAACAAUGCAGGAGCUCUGGGAUGAUUCAAUAACGCCAAACAAGACUCUCCAGCAACUGAUAUAUAGCUGGUUCUCGCAGAAGUAUCUAGCAAUGAAGAAGAGAUCGGAGGAUGUGCAAGGCAGGGCCAUGGAGCUUUUGGAGUCCUUAAAGAAAGUCAAGGGCCAAGCCAGAGUUCAAGCUCUUAAAGAGCUUAGACAGGUUGUCACUGCGCAUACUACUGCAAGAAAGACGGUAAUGGGUAAUGGUGGCGUUGGUUUAAUUUGUUCUUUGUUGGGUAAUUUCACUAUGCAUUCUGUUGGGUCGGAGGCAAUUGGGAUUCUUGUCAAUUUGGAUCUUGAUUCUGAAUCGAGGUUGAAUUUGAUGCAACCCCAGAAGAUUUCCUUGAUGGUUGAUAUGUUGAAUGAGGGAUCAAUUGAGACAAAAAUCAAUUGCACUGGAUUGAUUGGGAUGUUAAUAAAAGGCAAGGAUUCUGAGGCACAGAAUGUGUCAAGCUUGAGUCUUUUGGUUGGGUUAAUGAAGUUAGUUAGGAAUAAGAAACACCAGAAUGGUGUUUCAGCUGGACUAGAGUUGUUGAAGACAAUUUGUUCACAUGAACCAUCAGUUGGGAGCUUGAUUGUAAGCAUAGGUGUGGUUCCUCAAUUGGUAGAGCUAUUACCAAAUUUGAAUAAUGAGUGUUUGGAGUUAGCCCUGUAUAUUCUGGAGGUCCUUUCAACCCUUCCAGAGGGUAGACUGGCAUUGAAAGAUUGUCCUAACACAAUAACUAAUAUGAUGAAGUUGCUGAUGGGAGUUACAGAGAGCUGCACUCAGUCUGCCUUGUCGAUAUUGUUGGGUGUCUGCAAGCUUGCCCCAGAAGAAUGUGCUUCAUUACUGGUCGAGGCUGGUCUGGCGGCAAAUCUACUUCUUGUAAUACAAAGUGGUUGCAGUCCUGUAUUGAAGCAGCAGUCGGUGGAACUCUUGAAGUUGUGUACUUUAAACUGCGCUGGUACUAUCUUCAUAUCGAAAUGUGAGCUUACGAGAACGAUACAAUGAAGUAAAAUGGAAAUCCUGUGGAUGUGAUGUGAAUAUGUGAUACAACCUUGAAUUCCUUUGCCCCCGCUGGGAAGGGCAUGAGACUAUGAGAGGGCUCCUCGGGUUUGACGGGAUUUGAGAUGGAGCAAGGACAUUGGGUUUCUGAGGUAUGUUCAUGUAUAGUGUUAGUGUACACUAAUCAAGGACCUUUUGUUCAGUCAACUGGUUUCAUUUGAAGAAGCUCUAUGAUGAGAAAUUAGAAACAAAUAUGCAAGCUAUUUGCAUAUUGCAUAUGAAUCAACCUGCAUUAUUUUUUUCGAGCUGCUUGUCAUUCUUAAAUUGAAGUUGUGAUUCAUAUGACUCCCCGUCUGGUUUUUAUAGCGAGCAAUGCUAUUUGGGUGGUGAUAAUACAGCGAUGGGGCAUGGAAAGGAAGUUUUCGUCGGAUGCUUUAGAAAUUGUAAUUUGUAGUGCAUUCUAGUUGGUUCCCCUCUUCCAUUGAUACCUUAGCUUUCAGUCCUUUUUGUAAUUUUUUCCUGAGUUGAGCAUUGCAGAGUAUGUAGAGCUUCUGAACUUUGAAUAUUCAAUCGUGUACAACGACCAUCCAUUGUAUUUUCAUACAUUUCUCAGCUAAUUCAAUAUAUCAAUUUCAAGUUUAGAACUAUUUUCCA